AUGUCAGCUGACAGCCACCAGCUCCACACUCAUUCCUACCAGGACUCACUAAGUUCUACCUGUGACGGUCUCUUGAAUGUCAACAGUCACCCCCUUUCCAAGAGCUCCUCAAAUCUGGCCUGUACCAGGCAAUCCAGUUUAGAGGAGAGGCAAAGCAGCAAACAGGAGCUGAAGAAAAGCCAUAGUAGCACCAUCUGCCAUACCCCGGGAAGCAAGAGUGAUGCCAGGAGCCCUGGGUGGUCCUUCUCACAGCCCAGGAUGACAGGACCUGGAUCAGUGGUCCAAACCAGAAGUGACCAGACAGCCAGUGACAAUUCAGAGAGCAGAACUAAGACUACAAACCAUUUUCUUAUGGCUGGACAGUCCUCAGCAUCCUGGGAAACGGGGGACACUAAGAUCUGUGUAAAGAGCAGUACUGUUGAGAACGUUUCUUCAGCCCGCAUUGUCCACCAGCAGAGCACGUGUAAAAUGGAAGAACCAGGAACUGCCCUCCAGAGAAGCCACUCAGACCUAACUUGCAGUUGCAAACAGCAGACACACAUCACUCACGUAGAAACCAGUGCUACUCACUCCAGCCUAAGCUCUUCUAGCUGCAGGCAUGAUCCACCAGUGGCUAGAAUGUCUUUCCAAACACAGAGGUACGGAUCAGAAACAAAUGAAAGUACACCCCACUAUCAAAACCUUGUGACUCAUUUUCCAGUUCUACCUAGAGACCAAAAAGUACCCACAAAUAGCUUUGACAGUGGUGGUAUUCCACGUAACACUACUGUUUACACAGAUCCUGGCACGUUUCACACUGCUGUUCUGGGACCCCACCUGCCUGGAAAUGGUUUCUCAAACAGGACCGUGUUCAGUCAAGCCACUGGGAUUAUUUGUGGUGGUCUGACUUAUGGAAAUAUUCCAAACUCUGCCUACUCUCCCAUGGUGAUGACAGUCCAUAACAGCUCUGCAGGGCCCUGUAACAUGAGGCAGGACUCUUGUAUGAAGGUAGAUGCCACCAUCCCUGCCUAUUGCCACUCUUUGCCCAUACCAUCUAUACAGCUCGUUCCACAGCUGCUGUGCUCGGUUAGUGAGUCAGGAAAAGAGCAGACACCACCUGGCUAUUUUCACUCCUUUUCUACUUCAGACAUUCUGACGUAUCCUAAGCUGGUGUCUUCAGUAAGUGAGUCAGGCCUGGAUGCUAAGAGAGUCCUGAAGUGUUGUAGCAUUCCUGGAGAACAGCUGGAACAUGCUCAACGCUGCGCUCAGCAGGAGAGCGCUCCUCCAGAGACAAAGGCUGCCUGCCUUGCCUUCAGUAGCCAGCAAGGUGCAGACAUGGUACUGACAACUAAAGAUAUGUGGACUAUGACCUCUAUGAAUGAUUUAACCAAAGGACUAAAACCAGCUCUUGAGCGUAGAGAUGCCCAGGUACAAACUCUUCCAACCAUGGAGUGCAAAUCCGUGGCAACAAGCCCAGCGACCGCAGCAGAAGGCCACUCACAUAUGUUCCCAGAGGUGAACCUGGAGCAAGACUUGGAGGCUUCCAAAUCUCCAGUGCGUGAAGUGAGAUGGGAUGAUGAAGGAAUGACGUGGGAAGUGUACGGGGCGUCUGUGGAUCCAGAAGUCCUUGGGUUAGCCAUUCAAAAACAUCUCGAGAUUCAAAUAGAACAAUUCCAGACAGAGCCUGCUCAGCUGGCUGAGAAAAGGAAGGAGGAACCAGCUCCUGAUAAAACGAGUAAAAAAAGGCCAUUCAGGACAAUGAUGCACUCGCUGAGAUAUCCAAGCUGUUGUGCUCGUUCCAGUACUGCAGUGGAGUGA